AUGAUAUCAAGCUAUUUCUCUAAUUGUUCUUGUUCUUCUUCCCAACCCAUUCAACUUCCACUUUUCGCAAUUAAUAACCAAUCUUCUCACUUUUACAAGUACGAUUACAGUCCUAUAAACGGACAUCGGAUUUGGGUUUUUGGCCAAAGAGGAAAGCUUUACCUUAACAAAUGUCUGGGGCAGAGAAAAAAUUGGCAAGUAAUUUCUUCAUCAUAUCUUGACAAAAAUAACAACACUGAUGAGAAGGAUAAUGCUGGUAAUGGGGGCAGCCAAUCGACCAGUUUGCUUUCUUUUCUCUGCCCUCUUCUCAAGCUCUUCUCUGGAGGAGAUCCCUCUAAAGAACGGAACUACUUAUUUGAGGAAACAACAUCUUCCUUGUCUACAAUUGCAAGGCUUCCUUGGGGCUCAAGAGCAAUCUUUAAUGGGAGUCAAAAUGGUGAUGCUGUCAAUCCUCCAAUUCGCUUACAACUCUAUGAAUUUGAAGCAUGCCCAUUUUGCCGAAGAGUUCGAGAGGCUUUGACUGAGCUUGAUCUAUCUGCAGAGGUCUUUCCAUGUCCUAAAGGUUCAGUUAGACACAGGGAAUUGGUCAAAGCAUUUGGUGGAAAAGAACAGUUUCCAUUCCUUAUUGAUCCAAACACUGGAGUUCAAAUGUAUGAAAGCAGUGAUAUUGUAAACUACUUAUUUCAGCAAUAUGGUAAAGGAAGGCCCCCUUCAACUGGUCUUUUGGAGAGCACACUAGUGACGGGGUGGAUGCCAACUUUACUACGAGCUGGCCGAGGAAUGACAUUGUGGGAAAAAUCUACAGAGGAAGGCCCAACAAGGAAGUUGGAGCUUUUUUCGUACGAAAACAAUGCUUAUGCUCGGUUAGUACGGGAAGCAUUAUGCGAAUUGGAGCUUCCAUACGUACUUCAAAAUGUGGCUAAAGGGUCGACGAGGGAAGCCUUACUUCUUUCUAUAUCUGGAUCAAAUGAGGUUCCUUUCCUGGUUGAUCCAAAUACUGGUCAGCAGUUGGGUGAUUACCGGCAGAUCAUAUCCUACUUGUUCAACACAUAUUCACUGCCCAGUUUGUAG